ACAUCAUCAAGCUGUGUACGCAGUCAAUUUUCAUAAGUUCUUCACACCUUUUAGGUCCUUUAGCAAUUUCGUUGCACACAGAUAAUUUGCGUGUACUGGUUAUACAAUGCUUGCGUAUGCGUGUGUUAGGAAAUAGCUAAAAUCCGGCUGAAUUUCAUCGCGUAUAUUUAAAAUCAGAUUUAUAGUCACAAUUCAUUGAAUUCCAUGCAUGGUAACAGUAUUGGAACUCUAUUUAAAGAAAAUUGACAACUGAGCCAACUUGUUAGUAAACUAAGCGCGUAUAUGUGACAAUGAGAUCCAUAGUAUAGAAACGAAUCUCACCACGAAUCUCGCCAUAUUUUGAUGGGCUCACACGCCAUCAAAGCCUUAAUAGCAGACAAUAUAAAAAAAAAUUCACCCUAGGCAUCUAAAGUCCAGCAUAUUUUACAAGAUAGGACGAUUUUACAAGUUUUCGUAACGAACUGACUAAGAUACGAAUGAUUUUCUAGCAACGGUUCUCACUUUCUGUCAUAAAAUAGCCAAUGAGAUAUAGAUUUAUUUACAGUUUUGUAGUGAGCUUCGUUCAAAAACGAACUUAAAAAGGGAUAUCUGCAAAGUUAACCGAUUGUAAUUAAGGAAAAUGGUUUCUUGUACCCAUAUGCAUAUAAAAUGUAAGAUAAGUAAAAUUUAUAGUAACGCAAAUCAGCGUUUUAGACCGAGAUUCGUUAGUGAGCAUCGUGUAAUAUGAGACGUAUGAAAUUUGACUACUGGCUGCGUUAUGAACUGUGCUAUAAAUCUUAUACUGCAAACGUAAUUUGGCUUGCAAAUGGCCCCAGUUCUCAAGUAUAAGUUUGUAAAAGGCGAAAACAAUGCAUAUUUAUUUGUCUUUCCCCGCAGUUUAAUAUGUUGUGAGAUGAGAUUUAAACCUACCCGACUCACAAACCGAUUAUUUCUGAAUAGUUCUGUUCCAGGUUCGUCGUAAUUAUGGUCUUUUGCAUCAUUCCAAAGACAGCAAGUAACUUUUGAGUAAAUUUCCGCGGAUUUUUCAAAAGGAAGAGAGCUAUGAUGAUAUUAGACGUGAAUAUAAAUGUGCUUAUUAAGCAUUAUAGCUAGUAGCACACGUACCUGUAUUGGUAUAUAAAGUGUUAAAAAUAACAACCCCCCCCCCCGGAAUGAAUGGAUAGUAUCUAAAACUACCAAAACUUGCCCACAUAUGCUUCGAUACUGGAAUAUAUGUAAUUGGGCGGUAUAAACUUAAAACUAAAACGUUUAAUUACCAAAUUCCAAACACCAUUGAUCACCACCAAGACAAUCUUUGCCAGAAACUAUGGGACAGCUGCUGUAAUUUCAUAUAUUUUGAAAGGAAUAGCGCCCCCCGUUCCCCCAGUUCAAUGUUGGGCCAACAAAAAUCUGAUGUCUGGAUGCGCGGCGCCAACAUUGAAACGGGUGGGGGGAGGGAGGGUGGAAAAUAUGUAUCAGCAAAUGGUAUAUUACAACCGAAUGCAUGUGAAAACUAGAUUGUCCCAAUCUAUAUUGUCAAAGAUUGUAGGUUUGGACUCUUCGACAUAUUCUCAUGCUUUUAAUAACCUUCAUUACCUCAGUGCGUAAAAUCUUGUUUUUCCGGUAAAAGAUUAAGCAGUUGCAUGUUGAAUUCAUUGCGGUUGUCGUUGAAGCCCAGAGUGCUGCGAGGAGUGCGUUAUCCAAAUUAAAUUCUUUUGCUGUCGAGGUUAUGGUCAGUCCAAUGUAGGCGAACACUGGAAUGUUUAGUACUACAAAACAAGCGACUGCCAGCAAGCAACUCGAUAUAUUUUUCAAAGAAAACGUCUUUUUCAUCUCGGUCGAUAUUCCGUUGUUUCUACGACUUUUCCUGGCGACUGCGAACAAUUUGUAGUUGAUGAACAACAUUGGGGGAAUGAUAAUAAUAAAAAAAAUUAGAAGAGCAACUUGAUAGGGAAUAACACAGUCGUUAAAAGAUAGCAGCAGCAGGGUUACUUCUACGGUAAUCAGUAUUGCCAGAAGAGUUAAAAGUCUUCCCUUCGUUACCGAUGUUCGAUGAAAGAUGGGAUAAUAUGUCGCCAAAUAUCGAUCAAAAUUUAUCGCCAAAAGAGCGAGCAAAGAAAAACCAACGAAAACAACUGAGAACCUUGUGGAAAUAACCACCCAGCCAGUGUAUCGAUCCAACCUUCCAGUCAAGAAUAAGAUCGCAUGAAGAGCCGUGAGUGGAUGACCAGUUAAAACCGCAAGCAAGUCGCAACAGGACAAAACCAUUAUAAUGAAAUAACAUAAUUUCUUUCGAAGUUGGAUAGACCGCCAGAAAGUGAGUAUGACCAGGGAAUUUAAACAUAUUCCUGAGAAAAAGAACAAUACGUUCAAAGCAAAUAUAAAUAUCAGGUUGAUGAAACGAAAGAACUCCAUCGUACGACUUCGUAAUUGACCUCCUCUUCUGAAGAAUUGAACAUAACAAAUAUUGUCAGCAGGUGAUAUAGUUAGAAUGACAAUGCUGAAGUGGACAUAUGGCAUAAUUAUAUAAAUGGUUCAUUACCAUGAUAACACUUCUAUGAAUGUUUUAGUAUGUCUUAUUGUACGUGAUGCGUUGAAGACUUACGGUGAAGUUGCCUCCUACUUCUUUUCAAAUGUAGAAAAUUUAUGGUUUGGUCUUGCAUCUAAAUUGUUUGGGAGGAUUUCCAUUUUAAGUAUACAAUCCUAAUCACACUACUACCCUAAUACUAACAUUAAUCCUAAUCCUUUCAUUAAUCCUAAUCCUUUCAUUAAUCCUAAUCCUAACAUUAAUCCUAGUCCUAACAUUAAUCCUAAUCCUUUCAUUAAUCGUAAUCAUUUCAUUAAUCGUAAUCCUUUCAUUAAUCCUAAUCCUUUCAUUAAUCCAAAUCCUUUUAUUAAUCCUAAUCCUAAUUACAUAUAGUGUUAUUCUUUAAUUAAAUCAAUGUCAUAAUACGAAAUUUCAGCACACUCCCAACCGUGCAAAGAAAAACAAUAGAAGGGGACUGGAACUGACGUCCAAUAGCUCUCUUCAAUUUCCGCCAUCUUGGAUUCGCUUUUUGAACUCGAGUUCUCACUCCAGAUAUAUAUAGAGGUCACUGGAUGAAACGACCAUGACAGUUGAUGAGAGUUGAAACUCUCACUCGUUUUUGAUCGCCAACUCUCAUCGACUCUCCUGUACUCUCAUGAAUGAACCCUCCUUGUUUUAUUUUGCUAUCUGGCAAGUUACGAUUAUAUGAAACUAUACAUUCCCCAUUGUGUUUCUACAAUGCAUACCAUAAUAUAACAAAGAUACUUGCAGGUUCGGUGAGUCCGGGAUUGGACGCACCUCGGACUCACCGAACCCGGACGCACCAAUCCCGGACUCACCGAACCUGCAAGUAUGCUUGGUUUUUAUCACAUGCCAUUUCGGUAAAAAGUACUAAAGAAUUUACGCAUUUUAGUAUAUAAUUUCUUGUUUGGAUAACGAAAAUUUUAGCAUUUAGAGAAAAUAUACACAUUCUGCGAAAACAUUGCCAAGAUUUAAGGCCUGAUUCCACGAGGCGGAAUUUUUCGACCGAAAAGAAAUUUCUCUUUGUCUUUUUACAAUUAGUUCUGCUCGAGAGCUCAUGAAACAAAGGGAAAUUUCGGUUCGGUCGAAAAAUUUCGCCUAGUGGAAAACCGCCUUUAUAUAAACCUGCUAGUGCCGAAGAAAUUUCGGCGGCCAUCUUUCUUCUCUUCACUUUGAAUACAGAAUUAAUAUUCGAUUUUCAUCAAACAAAAUAAAAAAAUAAUUAUAAAACAAUUAAAAACAGUCAAUUUAUUUUUUAUUUAAAUCUUCGUCUGAAAUUUGUUCAAAUCGCUUCAUAAAGGCCGCCGCGCCGAAACAUCGAUCUCGAAUCCACCUCCUAAACAUACGUCAGCAGGUGGGUUCGAGAUUGAACGCACCUCCUCGUAGCCAAUAGGAAAGCCGCUAAUACGCUAGGUAUGAGAUAAUAAUACGAAGCUCUCUUUGGAGCUUUUAAAAUACAUUCGCCUGCCAACGUGUAUAUAACACGGGAAGGGGUCUAUUUACUUUUUUCCUAAGUCAUUUAUUACAUUGCCACAGUAUUGUAUAAACAUAUAUUGCUUUCAAUAAACUUUUUAAAUGAAUAGCGAUUCAAUUGCCUGCAUGAAAAUGCAAGCAAAACGUCGGCAUUUCGAGCGAAAGCGCCCUUCGAUUUUGUCUGGAAAUUAGUAGACGAAAACGGUUCAAAAUUAUAUUAUUGCUUUGCACCUGUAUGUCUGCACUACAGUUACAAUAUUGCAGUAUUAAAUCUAUGUAGCGCUGGCCAGUAAAUAUGCAACAAUUGACAUUUUAUAUCAUUUAUACAAAACUAUUUCAAGUGGGCGGUGUUACUGUAAUAUGGAAUAUUAACUAAGUAGACGGUGAUCAAUUUUACUAUAGGGCUUUCGGGCAGGCUCUUUUUCAAUUCUCUGCCCUAUGGUAGUAUAGAAGAGCCGACCACGCUGGCUGUACCUAUACUAAUAGUGCAGUUUUACUAAAUUAUUAAAAACUUCUCGCAGGAAUUUUGCGCCCUUUGAUACUUUUCAUUUUAAAAUAUUAUAUCGUAUUAUAGGCAGCUGCCAUCUGGUAGCUAUAUACAUGUUUUACUGUCGUCACAUUCUGUCUAAUUUUUUUUUCUUUUCUCGUUCACCCUUCUAAGCCAAAUCUAUUUUCCCAACUAUUUUCUGCUUUGUUCAGUAUCGUCCGAUUAGGUUUGGUCUCUUCGACAUAUUUUGAUGCCUUUGAAAACUUUCAUUCCCUCGGCAACUCGAUAUAUUUUUGAAAGAAAACGACUUUUUCGUUUCGGGCGAUAUUCCGUUGUUUCUACGACUUUUUUGACUUUUCCUGACGACUGCGAACAAUUUGUAGUUGAUGAACAACAUUGGAGGAAAGAUAAUAAUAAUUAAUAUUAGAAGAGCAAGUUUAUAGGGAAUAACAAAGUUGUUGAAAGAUAGCGACAUCAGGGUUAUUUCCACGGUAAUCAGUAUUGCAAGAAUUGUUAAAAGUCUUCUCUUUGUUAUCGAUGUAUGAUGAAGAUAGGAUAAGAUGUCGCCAAAUAUCGAUCAAAAUUCAUCACCAAAAGAGCUAGUAAAGAAAAACCGUUGAAAAUAGUCAUUAACUUUGAAGAGAUGACAUCCCAGCCGCGGUAUCCAUCGAACUUUCCAGUCAAGAGCAACAUCGUACGAAGAGCCGCCAAUGGGUGACUAGUUAAAAUCAGAAGCAAAUCGCAACAAGACAAAAGCAUUAUCAUGAAAUGGCAUAAUUUCUUCCGAAGUUGCACAGACCUCCUGAUACUGAGUAUGACCACGGAAUUUAAACAUAUUCCUGAGAAAAAGAACAACACGUUCAAAGCAAAUAUGAAUAUCAGGUUGAUGAAAUGAAAUAACUCCAUCGUGCGACUUCGCAAUUGACCUCCUCUUCUGAAGAAUUGAACGUAACAAAUAUAGACAACAGCAGAUGAUAUUUAGAAUCACAAUCCUGAAGUGCACUUAUAUGGUGUAAUUAUAUAAAUAGUUCAUUGCCAUGACAACACUCCCAUGAAUAUAUUAGUAUGUCUUAUUUGUACGUGGUUCGUGGAAGACUGGCGUUGAAGUUGACUCCUAUAUACUUCUUUUCAAAUGUAGGAAAUUCAUGGUUUGGUCUUGCAUCUAAAUUGUUUGGGAUGAUUUCCAUUUUGCAAUCAGUAUGCAAUCCUAAUCACACUAUUACCCUAAUAGCACCAUUAAUCCUAAUCUUAACAUUAAUCCUAAUCCUUUCAUUAAUCCUAAUCUUAACAUUAAUCCUAAUUCCAACAUUAAUGCUAAUCUUAACAUUAAUCCUAAUCCUUUGAUUAAUCCUAAUCUUAACAUCGAUCCUAAUCUUAACAUUAAUCCUAAUACCAACAUUAAUGCUAAUCUUAACAUUAGUCCUAAUCCUUUCAUUAAUCCUAAUUCUUUCAUUAAUCCUAAUCUUAACAUCGAUCAAUCCUAAUCAUUUCAUUAAUCCUAAUCCUUUCAUGAAUCAUAUCCUAACAUAUAGUGUUAUUCUUUAAUUAAGCCCGUUACUGCAAUAUGUAGUGUUGUGAUUAUAAUUUUGCCUCUGUCGCUGCACGUAAGAAUUAGAGACUAUACAAUUAUACAAAGAACAUGAUCUAGUUCUCAUGGCUCAUAAUAUCUAGUUAAACAACUGUUUCAGAAGUUAUUAGUUUGCAGUUUUGGAAAACAACUUGAGAGCGGGUCGAGACAUGUAAAGGAAAGUUUGUUUUUAUAAUAUAUUUUAAUUAUACACUAAACAGGUGAUCCAAGUGCUAAGCACGUUUCACAUUGCCACAAAGUAAAGCAUAUAUGAAAAUCAUGUCUUAAACUAAGACUAUAGUGGUUAAAAAAGCUAUAAUGGAAUAACUUUAUUUAUACUUGAUAGCUCUGUCAGUUUUAAAUUGUUAGUAUUGUUCUUCCUAGAGGGCUAUGUUACAAUUAUAGCCAUUUCAUUGCUACCAGAGGAAACCUACAUCAUUUUAAUUUUGUAUAAAUACUUGCGAGCUUUAUCAGUUCUAAACUGUUACAGUUAGGACCAUUCAUUAUAGCUCCAUUGCAGUUAUAAAGAAACUUGAGUCAAAUUAACUUAAUCUAUGCCAAUAAAGAACAAAUUUUGACAAAGAGGCGGUCCAAGUUUCUUCUCCAGUAGUUGCACCUUUAAACCACGCUCGUUAUAACAUUAUUCUACAUCAGUUCUAAACUGUUUCUCCCCAUCCAUCAUUGGUGCACCAAUAAAGAGCACUUGUUAAUGGAAUAAUAGUGCAGUUUACUAAAUUAUUAAAAACUACUCGGAGAAAUUUUGCGGCCUUUGAUAGUUUUCAUUUUAAAAUGAAAGAGUAUUUCAGUUAUCUCGUAUUAUAGGCAGCUGCCAUCUGGCAAUUAUAUAUACAUGUUUUACUGUUGUCAUAUUUUAUUUAAAUUUUUGUUUUCUUUACUCGUUCAUCCUUCGAAGCCAAAUCCAUUUUCCUUGUUUUUCGUUUCCCAGCUAUUUUCUACUUUGUUCAGUAUAUCGUCCGAUUAGGUUUGGACUCUUCGACAUAUUUUCAUGCCUUUAAUAACUUUCAUUCCCUCGAUGCGUAAAAUCUUGUUUUUCCAGUAAAAAAUUAAGCAGUUAAAUGUCGAGUUCAUUGCACCUAUGGUUGAAGCCCAGAAUCCUGCAAGGAGUGCGUUAUCCAAAGUAAAUUCUUUUGCUGGCGAGGUUAUCCUUAGUCCAAUGUAGACGAAAGCUGGAAUGUUUAGCACCACAAAACAUACGACUGCCAGCCAGACACUCGAUAUAGUUUUUAAAGAAAACGUGUUUUUCAUGUCGAGCGAUAUUCCGUUGUUUGUACGACUUUUCCUGGCGACUGCGAACAAUUUGUAGUUCAUGAACAACAUUGGAGGAAUGGUAAUAAUAAUAAAUAUUAGAAGAGCAACUUGAUAGGAAAUAACAAAGUCGUUAAAAGAUAACAGCAGCAGGGUUACGUGCACGGUAAUUAGUAUUGCAAGAAGAGUUAAAAGUCUUCCCUUCGUUACCGAUGUUCGAUGAAAGACAGGACAAUAUAUCGCCAAAUAUCGAUCAAAAUUCAUCACCAAAAGAGCGAGUAAAGAAAAGGCAACGAAAACAGCUGAGAACCUUACGGAAAUAACCAUCCAAUUAGGGUAUACAUCCAACUUUUCAGUCAAGAAUAACAUCGCGAUAAGAGCCGUCAGUGGAUGAUUAGUUAAAACCACAAGCAAAUCGCAACAAGACAAAAGCAUUAUCAUGAAAUGGCAUAAUUUCUUUCGAAGUUGAACAGACCUCCGGAAGCUGAGUAUGACCAAGGAAUUUAGACAUAUUCCUGAGAAAAAGAACAAUACGUUCACAGCAAAUAUGAAUAUCAGGUUGAUGAAAUGAAUAAACUCCAUUCUGCGUCUGCUGAAUUGACUUCCUCUUCUGAAAAACUGAAGAUAAUAAAUAUAGGCAGCAGAUGUUAUGCUUAGAGUGACAUUUCUGAAGUAGAUAGAUAUAAUUAUAUAUAUAUAUAAUUCAUAACAAUGUCAAUGAGAAGUCUUCAUGGACAUUUUAUUAAACACUGAACAUCGCUAAACAUUGUCUUUUUUUACAUGUUGAUGUGAAUAAGACGUACGUUGAAGAGGCCUCCUGCACUUCUUUUCAAAUGUAGAAAAGUCAUGGUUUGGUCUUGCAUCUAAAUUGUUUGGCAGAAUUUCCAUUUUAAGCAAACAAUAGGCAAUUCCAGCUUUUAGUUUAUGCGCGCAGGGGGAGAUGGGAAGUAAGGUAUCAUAUUGCUGAUUAUGCUGAAAAAAUAAAAAAUGCGGCCGUGUAAACACGGAGUGAUAGCUUAUACUUGUAAAUAUUAAAAUAUUUCGGUUGUUUCGGCAGUUUUUAUUAACAUUUUUCCGCGUAAUCAGCAAUAUGAUACCUUACUUCCCAUCCCCCCUGUGCGCAUAAAUUAAAAGCUGGAAUUGCCUAUCCUAAUCACAUUUCCACCCUAAAAACUUUCAAACGACUCCUAGUCAUCGUCUAACAUUGUCAACAUGGUCUCUUGACUCUCUUCAUUUUAUGAUGUAUAUCAUCAUACGGUCAUGCUUAAUAAAUCUAUGAUGCAUGUAUAUCAUCAUAUAGGUGUUCAUUUUAAUGUUGCAUAUAUAAUUCAUGCGCUUUUUCUGUUUCAGGAAAGUUGUAAAUAUUCAUGUCUCCUGGCAAAGACCAUACCAGAUCAGUUUUAUUAUCAAGCAGAAUCAUUAGUAAAGCCAUUGCUGUUAUCAAUCGCACAUCAACAUUCUAAAGUCAGGCUGGCUGUUUUAGAGGUAGGCUGUAAUUUUACCGCAAUUUACGUGGGGGUGCUGUGUAUAUAGUAUUCUACAUUACAGUACAGCACAGCACAGCACAGCACAGCACAGCACAGCACAGCACAGCACAGUAAAGCCUCGCAUAAGAGAACCAGUGGGUUAAAAACCACCCCAGCUUGAAAUUUGGGCAAUUUUAAAAGCAUCCAAAAUGGAAGAACCACUUCAGGCUAUGAAGUGAAACUGGUUCUUAAAAAACUUUAUUAAACUUUUAGCUGAAUUAGUAAGCAGGUACUAGGAAGAAAAUACUGUAAUCUUGCUAGCAUGAAUUAUGUCUUUCAGCCACAUCAUGCAUGCAUUAUUUUUAUCAAACCUAGUUUCAUGAUACACUAUAAAAGGUUUAAAACUCUAAACCAAGAACAAUUGUUUUUGACUGGAAAUAGGAACCAGUUAAGAACCGCUUCAGCCUGAUUUCUUUGUAAGAACCACUUUUUUUUUCAAUUGUUGAAGAAUACGAAUGUUCUCACCAAGACGUUUCACAAGCCAUCCGUGUUGUAUCGGAUAUAGAACACGGCCGCUCAUGUUGUAAAUACAUAUAUUUCAUCUUGAAGUGAUUCUUUGUUCAGACUGUAGGUGUUGUAAUCCAAGGUGGUGAUGGGAAAAAUGUGGACAGUGUCCUGCCUCAUAUUGCUCAACGAACAUUUGAUGAAAAUCCAGUUGUAAGGUCUAUGGUGUCCACUGUGGUUGGAGGGUGGUUACUUGAUCUCAGGAAUAGGUAUGUUUUACUUUGAGAGUCACUUACUGAACGUAAUACUGUAAUAAUGUGUAUUAUUAUAUGGCUUUUCGAAAUUCUCUAUUCUGAUUGGUUGACAAGCGGUCCGUAAAAACCCAUAUCCGGACCGUGGUCCGUAUUUUCCGUAUCUGGUCUGGUGUCCCGGAUGUCGUUUAUCUGGCGGGAAAUUUUUGCUUUGCAAACAGAAAAAAUUUUUGCUUUUUAAUUUUCCAAUUGUGUGUUAUUAAAAUUUACAGAUAAAAAUUUCAAACAAGUGAAACAACCAAAUUGGUUUUGAUUGAGCAUGCAUGCCUACCGUAUAUUGUUACCCCAGUGAAACUGACGAUAGCCGAUUUAAUUCGCGCGAAAAGCAUAUGCUCACAGACUCAGUUCAGCCCAUUGAAACUGACGAUAGCCGAUUUAAUUCGCGCGAAAAGCAUAUGCUCACAGACUCAGUUCGGCCAUAUAAUAAACCGAUUAUUGACAUCGCUUGUUCGCGGUCUGAACUGUGAAAUAUCAGACCUCUGUUUUUUGCAUGGACCUCGCUCCUUCGUCGCUCGGUCCAUACUAAAAUCCUCGGUCUGAUAUUUAACAGUACAGAACUCACGCUCGGCCAAUAAGCCGUUAUAAUUUGGCAAGGGGUGUGUGCUGAUGGUAGACAGUAGUGUAUCUCACAUUGCUCAAGGAAUCCAGCUGUGAGAGUUGGUUGAUUGAUCUAAGAGAUAGGUAAAUUUUUUUGAAGGAAAUAAUGUGUGUAAUGUGGUAAGGGGGUGUAUGCUGGUAGUACAGUAGUCUAUCUCAUAAUAAGUUUUUUAGACGUUCUCUGGUUUUUAAAUAUUUAUUAUUACGAGCUUUCGACUGCCAGUCUGCAGUCUUCAACGAGUGGAUUACAAUGACUGAGGAUUACAAUGACUGAAGAUUACAAUGACUGAAGAUUACAAUGACUGAAGAUUACAAUGACUGAAGAUUACAAUGACUGAAGAUUACCGUUGAAGACUGCAGACUGGCAGUCGAAAGCUCGUAAUAAUAAAUAUUUAAAAACCAGAGAACGUCUAAAAACUUAUUAUUAAUAAUCCUGGUUUCGCUUCAAACAUAUUUAAGAAUAAGUCUAUCUCAUAUUGCUGAACUCGGACAUUGGAUGAUAUGAAAACUGAGUUGUGAGUUCUAUGUUGUCCACUGCAGUUGGACCGUAGCUGUUAUCCGUGAUCGGGCAUGGGUCAUACGAUGGCUGCCAGAGUCGCUCUUCGAAAGCCUUCGACUCGACCGGGUUGAGCUGAGCUUGCUCAAUUUGAUCAGAAAACUGACAUCACCUCAACUUACGUUUAGUUUUGUGUUCUCCAGGUACUCUUAUUUUCACAAGUUACUACCGUUGCUGCUGACAGCUUGUCUGAUGAUAUACAAGAGAUCCAAAAGAAAUCAUCAGAUUUGUUUGACAAGGUACUUAGUUCUUCAAAUUUCAGCCAGUGGUCGACACUGGGGGUGGGGUGAGGAAAACUAGGUUGGUAAUACAUGACGACCUUUUGUUGCUGGAAAUGUUAGUCCUUUAAACAUUUUGCCUUAAAUUUCAUGCAAUAUGUAGCUUUCCUUGUAGCACCAAUGCUUUUAUGGUUGAAAUAUUAUUGUUACAACUUUGUUAUACACAAUGGAGAAUUCCGUUAAAUAAAAUGCCAUCACCCAAUGGGGCAAGACAUUACUUGUAAAAGUAUUCACCGUUGUAUUUAAACUUGGUAUGCCAUUGUUUUUCCACAGACCAGACAGCAACCAUACGUGUGACUAACUUAUCAGAAGACACCAGAGAGUUGGAUUUACAGGAACUCUUCCGACCUUUUGGACGCAUAUCUCGAAUUCAUCUUGCUAAAGAUAUAAAAUCACCAACCAAUCCAAGGUACUGUAUAUUCUAUACAUUUUUUGUAUUUUUAAUUAGAGUUUAGAUAAAAAUAGAAUAUUUAUAAAAGUGAGUUAUGUCCUAUUUAAAACAUGAGCAGCAGUGUUUUAUCAGAUAUAAAGAUACGAGUCUGAUAAAACACGCACUGCGAAUGUCUUAAAUUGCUUCAAAAGCGAUCGAUCUAGUAAGUUCAUUGGCGAAGUGAUUCUCAAAAAAUACAUUGUGUAAGUCGAGAAAAUCAAAGUUAAAGUUUAUGUAAAUCAAGGGAAAUCUCUAUCACAUAUAAAGAUACGACAGGCUUAUGAUUUUUCUUUGUGUUUUGCUCAUGAAUUAUUAAUGAGUUUUUGAAAUUUUUAGUGAGAAUUUAGAUAAAAAUAGAAGAUUUAUAAAAGUGACAAUUAAACAAGAGCCGGAGAAACGAUAUAUACAGGUCCAUUCAUGCAAGAUUAACAUUUACCUUUUGAAUUUUCAAAUACGGACAAGAAACUAAAAUUAUUUCCGAUCCUGAUAAUAAUUCAGAUAAUUCAACUAAUAAAUUAGUUUGUUGGUUCUUCAAUUUUUUCCCGCUCAUUUGUAAUGUAUUUUUAUUUUAUAUUCAGGGAUUCGCUUUCAUCAAUUUUUGUUCGACGUGAAGACGCUGCUCGAGCGAUUAAGUGUGUCUCCGGUCUUGGUUACGACCAUCUUAUUCUUAACGUAGAGUGGGGGAGGUAAGAACAGUCGACAGGGGAAAUUACAUGGGGGAAAUUUGGUUAAAGGCAGUGGCAGAUAGUAGGAGGGGGAAGGGGGGGGGCGAUUCUAUGUGAUUCUAAACUGAUUCUAAUUUCGCCUCAGUCUUAUGAGUAUUGAGAAGAAUUCUUCCAGAUUUGACUCUGCCAAAACUGACUGCCAAACACCCCACCGGUUCUCUCUUGAAGUAACACUCGAUAGACUGGACCUCUAGACUCUCACCCGUUCCGCACGUUGUAACCAAUAAUCUAUUGUAAUUGUAAACCGAUUGUAAGCAAUAACUUAUUGGGUUACAUCUAAAGCAUUCGACAAGACUUUUUGUUAUAAAUGUAAUCGUCCUUAAAUGGAGGUAGGUCGCGUCUGGGUGGGGAGACCACUAAAAAAAGGCCAUCAAGUUCUCAAGUUUAGAUUAAUGUCAGAUUAAGAUUAGGGUUAGAUUAAGAUUACAUCCUAGUUUAGAGGUUAGAGUUGGGGUCAAAUUGGGGGAAGUUAUUGCAUACAAUCGGUUUGCAAUCACAAUAGAUUAUUGGUUACAACGUGCGGAACGGGUGAGAAUAGUGUAAACAGAUAGAGCUAUUCAAUUUGAAUAAAUACAGAAAUAUAGUAAUUUUCUCGUGAUUGUAAUGAAAUAAAUCAAAGUACAUAUUCACAUAUUUGUUUUACGUGUUUAUUCAUAUUUUAAAAUUAACAACGUAAUUCACUCAGUUUCACUGACAGCAACUAUACAUGUUAUACGGGGUGUAUAAAAAAGACGAAACCUAUCUAUUAUGCUUCAUAUGUUUUGAAGGUCGGUUAUUUGACCUACUUAUUUAAUAGUUUAUACGGCUUGAUAUGAGCCGGGGUAGCCCCACAAUUUUUUUCCUGACCAUAAAAAUUUAACAACUUUAAUUUGGCACAUAAAAAACUGAAUAUUUACAUAACUUAAACGGACAAUUACAUUGUACAAGAAGACGAGGAAAGUGCCAAAAGUGGCGAAACACAAACGAGACUAUGUCCCAUGCAGGGUGCUCACCACUAGACAACAAACAAAGACAGGAAACAAAGACAAGGAAGAUUAAAUGAAAAGACUAAGAGAAUGAAAAGGCAGAAAGAAUGAAAAGACAAAGAGAGAAAUGUUAGAUAUUUUUUAUUGAGUCGUGAUAAGUGAGUGUGAACUAGGUAAGUCAGGAGUGUAGGAAGUACUAGUGAGGUGGAUGUAAGUCUUGCGCAAGUAUGUCUUAAAAGAGGAGACAGUGACAUAACAAUACGAAGGAGCAGACGUACAAACAUAGUUCCACAGUUUAACAAUUCUAACACAAUACGAACUUUGAAAUGUACUUGUUUUGCAUGCUUGUGUUCUCAGAAGACCAGAAGUGGCCGCGCGUGUCCUUCCCGUUGUAACUUCAACAUACUGCGAUAUGUCAAAAUCUGUGAGACCGUACAUGCAUUUAUAGAAAAAUAUCAAGUCCUUCUGUUCUCUGUCGUAUACAAGCUCGUUUGAAAAAAAAAUGUAAAAAGUUUUGUAAAAAGAUCGUUUGAAUGAACUUUACACUGUUACUGGAAUCAAACUAAGCUAAUUCCAACCUCGUUCCCAGACUUUUACUAUCGUCCCAAGUAACUGGGCCAGCCCUGUUCCCUUUAAAAAAGCCCCCAAAGCACGUGCGCAAAGCCAGAUGGUUGUAUUCGGCUGUAGAAUGCAAAGUUAUGCAAAGUAAAGAUUAA